AUGCGAUCCUAUACAUUCCUUGCAUAUCUGCUCUCCAUUGUUGUUCAUGUCGAUGCAGCGGAAGAGAAGUGCAAGUGCACACCUGGCGAUAUUUGCUGGCCCUCUACCAACGAAUGGAACAACCUGAACGAAACACUCCAUGGCACACUUAUUCGUAGCAUUCCUCCUGGCGCAGUCUGCUACCCUUCACAACCAGAGUACGAUCAGGAAGCGUGCGCACUCGUCUUGUCGCAAUGGUACAACUCCUCAUAUCAUGCUGAACAUCCCGUCAGUAUCGACUACCCGAUAUGGGCAAACAACUCCUGUAACCCCAUCUUUCCUGACGGCACUAGCAUCACUGGUGAUCCAUACGCUGGAACAAAUGGAUGCCAUAUUGGCAACUACCCAGUCUAUGUUGUAAACGCUACCUCCACCUAUCAAGUCAGCAAAGCUCUGAUUUGGGCAAGUGCAAGGGAUAUUCGCGUUGUCGUUAAGGCGACGGGCCACUCAUACCAAGGUCGCAGCACUGGGUACGGCAGUCUGAGUAUCUGGACGCACCACAUGCGUGGCAUCGACCAUAUCCCUUCCUUCGAACCCGCGUCUUGUUCCCACACAAAGUGCUUGAACGCAGUCCGCGUAGCAGCCGGUCACACGAACAUUGAAGCUCAAGAAGCAGUCGCGAAACAUGGAAUGGCCAUCGUGACAGGCGCUAACCCUAGCGUUGGGCUCAUUGGAUGGCUCACAGGCGGCGGUCAUGGUCCGCUUUCGACUCGUUAUGGCAUGGGUGCUGAUAAUUUGCUUGAGGCUAUGGUUGUCACGCCGGAUGGUAAAGUGGUUCUCGCAAACCCAUGCCAAAACGAAGAUCUAUUCUUCGCCGUGCGAGGCGGUGGCGGAAGUACAUUCGGUGUUGUCACGGAAGUUAUCAUCCGCACCUUCCCAACUCCAAGAUCCACCGCACAUACGUUCCAAGUCCGAUCAAUAAGUCCUAGCACGAGAACUGAGUUCUACGAAUGCUUGGCCUUUUUGCACUCAGAAAUGCAGAGGCUGAAAGAAGGCGGUAUGCAAGGUUACUACCUAGUUGUAGGACCGCCUACAGUCCCUACUUUAUCGUUCUCGUGGACGUUCUUGCUUUAUGACACACCGGGUGGAACAGUCGGGCGACUGAUGGAGCCUAUAGAAGCGUACUUGUAUGAAAAAAAUGACGUUCUUGAAUGGAAAUCCGUGAUCACGCAUAAGAACACGUACUUGGAGAUGCACAAAGCCAACUUCACGGACGAAGAAGUCGCGAACGGUGGCUCAGCUUAUGGGUCGAGGUUACUCAGUGCCGAAAGUCUAGCGAAUCUGAAUGUCACUGCGAGAGUCUUCUCAGAGAUUGGUCCCAGCAAUGAUGCAUCGAAGCCAAACGGUCCAGUAGCGGAUUCUCUUCUCAUCGGCCAUAUGAUCGCUGCGCCUAAUGCACCGUCUUACUACCCUACCCACAGUUCUCUCAACCCCGCAUGGCGCAAUGCGCUUACGCAUCUCAUUGUCAUAUCACCAUUCGGUGACACCACGUCUCAGGGUCUCGUUGAUGCUGUGUACGCGGAUAUCACGCAUAACAAAACCGAAGCACUGCGGUAG